AGUUUGAGUUUCUUUCUAAACUCUUCCAUCUCAAAACACGUCCACAAAUUGAACUUGUGGACCAUAACUGACCACCACCACCACCCAUUCGAUUCCUACAGCUACAAGUAAUAAAGUGCAAGUGUGAUUCAUAUUUUAUCCUAACCCAAAACAACAUUCAUUAUACGAACUGAACUCAGCUGAGCUCAACUACACAACACAACCAUGGCUAUUACUACUAUUUCUUCCAUUUUUAAGGUGUCAUUUCUAAUGACCCUUCUAUCAGGUCUCUGGCCAGACCAGGAGACCUCUGUAACAGUGUUUCCACCCACGUGUAAUCGAAUUGAGUGCCCUAGCUUCGAAACCAUCGAGGUGGGUAAUGGCUACGAAAUUCGUAAAUACAAUUCAACCGUCUGGGUUUCCACCUCCCCCAUUCAAGAUAUCUCUCUCGUCGAAGCCACCCGCACUGGGUUUUUGCAGCUGUUUGACUACAUCCAAGGGAAGAACUACUACAAGGAGAAGAUAGAGAUGACCGGGCCAGUGAUCACCGAGGUCUCACCGAGCGAUGGACCUUUAUGCGAAUCCUCAUUCGUUGUAAGCUUCUUUGUUCCAAAAAAGAACCAGGCAAAUCCAGCUCCUGCAAAAGGCCUUCAUAUUCAAAAAUGGAAGCCCACAUACGUGGCUAUUAGACAAUUCAGCGGCUUUGUUAAUGAUUACGAAAUUGGAGUGGAAGCCGCCGCACUCGAAGCCAGCAUUGCCGGAACCAUCUGGUCUGCCGCUAUUGACAAGAACCGUGGAACUGAAAGCAGUUCGGUUUACACGGUUGCGCAGUACAACUCUCCAUUUGAGUUCAAGAAUAGGGUGAAUGAGAUUUGGAUGCUCUUUGAUCUUGAAAAAUGAUUUAACUUGAAUAAAAGGAAUAAUGAAGUUAGAAGUUGGGUUCAGCUUGGAUUUUUAAGUGUUUUUUUGGAUAAUACCCUUUUGUGGUGAGGAAAGGAUAUUGUAGUUGAACUGAAUAAAAGUGAUGUAUUGUAGAACAAAAAUGGUAUAAGGAUCAGAAGAGUUUCUCUUUUCCUUCU